UCAGCUUAUCCGUAUAGAUAGCCCCAAAGGAAAAAAUCUAGAGGUAUGAUGUCACAAGAUCUAGACGGCCAACUGACCGAUAGUCAUUGCUAAAUCUUUCAUAUCUAUAAUGAGAGACUUCGAUCACCAUGAUAUUAAUUUACGAAUAGUGCUGUUAGUAGUACUAAUACCGUGUGUUCUUAUUUGUAUGAUACUGAGUCUCAAGUACUUGGCACCACUCUCUAUACUUGCCAAUGUAUUUAUCUUGGUUGUCGUCCUCUCGUGUGUUUCUUUUGGGAUCAAAAAUAGGAUUGAGUAUCCAGAUACUGAAACAAAACCAAUAAAAAGUUUUGGAGGUGUAAUGAAGUUUAUUGGGGUUUGCAUAUUUAGUAUGGAAGGAGUCGGGGUCACACUACCGAUUGAGAAUUCUAUGGCACGACCGACCUUGAUGCCGCGCGUAAUUAUAAUUGGUAUGACAAUUGUCUGUUCAUUAGUUAUAUUAUCCGGCUUUUUUGGGUACUGGGGCUUUGGAGAGAAUCCAGCUGAACCAAUCACAAAUGCUUUUCCGAAAAAUUGGUACACAAUUGCACUGAAGAUUGCAAUGAUAUUAAUGAUAUGGAUUACUUUUGCCCUUAACUUCUGGGUACCAUUCAACCUUGUUUGGGUUUAUUUAAAAAAGAGACAUACAAAAAGAUUAGCAUUGUGGGAACGGAUUUAUAGAGCUAUAUUCAUCAUUGUAAUUACUUCUAUUGCUAUUGCAUUUCCCAGUGUCACGGCUCUUAUGGGUGUGAUCGGUGCCGUCUGCCUAUCGAACAUGGGCUUUAUAUAUCCGGCCUUCAUCGAAUUAAUGUUAGACUGGGAGACACCUGGACUAGGAUAUUUAAAGUGGAGACUUUGGAAAUUUGCUGCCAUAUCUCUUUUUGGACUAUUUAUUAUGUUCCUCAGUGCAUACUUCAAUGGAAGGGAUUUGAUUAGAGUGGCUAUCUCGAAGUAA